GGAAGUAGGGAAAGUGGUGGGGACAGCCUGAGUGCAGGACUGUGACAGGGAAAGGCAGGCUUCUUCCUCGCUAUGGCUGCAACAAAGGCACUUUUGAUGCUGGAAAACUUCAUAGAUGGAAAGUUUUUACCUUGCACCUCAUACAUAGAUUCUUAUGACCCAUCGACAGGGGAGGUGUAUUACAGAGUGCCAGACAGCGGGAAAGAAGAGAUUGAUGCUGCAGUUGAGGCUGCCAGAAGAGCCUUUCCUGGCUGGUCAUCCCGGAGCCCCCAGGAGCGCUCGCAGGUCCUCAACAAGCUGGCAGAUUUGCUGGAGCAGUCCCUGGAGGAGUUGGCCCAGGCGGAAUCUAAAGACCAAGGGAAAACCUUAACACUGGCAAGAACCAUGGACAUCCCCCGGUCUGUGCAGAACUUCCGGUUCUUUGCCUCCUCCGUCCUGCACCACACGUCCGAGUGCACGCAGAUGGACCACCUGGGCUGCAUGCACUACACCGUGCGGACCCCCGUGGGAAUCGCUGGUCUGAUCAGCCCUUGGAAUUUGCCACUCUACUUGCUGACCUGGAAGAUAGCUCCGGCGAUGGCUGCAGGAAAUACUGUGAUAGCCAAGCCCAGCGAGCUGACCUCAGUGACUGCCUGGAUGUUGUGUAAACUCCUGGAUAAAGCAGGUGUUCCACCAGGUGUGGUCAAUAUUGUGUUUGGAACGGGGCCCAGGGUCGGGGAGGCCCUGGUGUCCCAUCCAGAGGUGCCGCUCAUCUCCUUCACGGGGAGCCAGCCCACAGCGGAGCGGAUCACCCAGCUCAGUGCUCCCCACUGCAAGAAGCUCUCCCUGGAGCUGGGCGGCAAGAAUCCCGCCAUCAUCUUUGAGGACGCCAACCUGGACGAGUGUAUUCCGGCCACUGUCAGGUCCAGCUUCGCUAACCAGGGUGAAAUCUGCCUCUGUACCAGCAGGAUCUUUGUCCAGAAGAGCAUCUACAGUGAAUUUUUAAAGAGAUUUGUAGAAGCUACCAGAAAGUGGAAAGUUGGCGUUCCCUCUGAUCCAUCGGCCAGCAUGGGUGCUCUGAUAAGUAAAGCACAUUUGGAGAAAGUCAGAAGUUAUGUCAAGAAAGCUCUUUCCGAAGGCGCCCAAAUUCAGUGUGGGGAGGGCGUGGAUAAGUUGCACCUCCCCGCCAGGAAUCAGGCAGGCUACUUUAUGCUUCCCACGGUGAUAACAGACAUUAAGGAUGAAUCCUGCUGCAUGAAGGAAGAGAUAUUUGGUCCAGUGACGUGUGUCACCCCCUUCGAUAGUGAAGAGGAAGUGAUUCAAAGAGCCAACAGCGUUAAAUAUGGGCUGGCAGCCACGGUGUGGUCAAGAGAUGUGGGGCGUGUCCAUCGUGUGGCUAAGCAGCUGCAGUCGGGCUUGGUCUGGACCAACUGCUGGCUCAUCAGAGAGCUGAACCUUCCUUUCGGGGGGAUGAAGAGUUCUGGGAUAGGUAGAGAAGGAGCUAAAGACUCUUACGACUUCUUCACUGAAAUCAAAACCAUCACUGUUAAACACUGACCUUUGCCCAUGGUGAAGCCCUUGUGGUCAACGCCUGGCUGCAGAGAUUGGUUGCCCAGUGUGGUGAACUGAAAUAUUGGCAUGAAUUCCAGCCAUGUUGUGACUUCGCAGAAGCUUAUCUCUGGCCUAUCCUUAUAGUUAGUAAUUUUACUCGCUGGUGAAGAGGUGCUGUCUAUGUUCAAUAUGGACUCAGAGAAGAAAAGACUUCUGAGUAGGAAGGCACAACAAGAAAGCCAAAUAAUGGCUAACUUCCUCCCAAGUAUGUCUUUGUAAUAUUUUUUUCCAUCAUCUUGAUUGAAUUCUUGGAAACUGCCAGAUAAUCAGAUAUUUUCAUCUGCAAGUAUAUGGUAAAAAAAAAAAAGAAUCCACAAAGCCAAAGAGAAAUGAAUAACCAUUAUUUCUUAGCUUUGGGGAGAUUGUGGAGAUGUCUCCUCAUCCAUUAAGCACUAGCAUGGCCAACUGAUAAUUGAUUGGACCUUAUUAUGUAAGGGGACAGCGGAUGUCCUUGAAAUUUGUUAGGGGAGACCUAUAUGGUAGGCCCUGCUAAAUACAUCUGUACAAGGACAAAGAAAAUAACUACCACUUUUAAAGAAAACUUGGAAGAAGAAGAGAAAAUAGUUUGAUCCAUUCCUACUGUCAAGUCUGAUCAAUUCCAGUUCUUUAUGUCUGCAUUUAAUGAUGCUUACAACUUACUAAUCCUGAAAGAAGUAAUAAAUGUUAAGCUAAUUUAGUAACUACUGUGGCAUAUACCUUCUUCUUGAAUUGUCCUUUAUUCUUCCUUAUCCCCAUCCUCUUAGGAAUAUGGAUUUUUCACUAAGUAACAAAGGUAUUUCUAGCACUUUUUUUUUCUGGAUUCUUCCAGGGAUCAGAGGAGAAAACUGGGGUUUUCAGAGGUUAAGUAACACACACAAGGUCACAAAAUGGCCUGGGGCAGAGGUAGGAUUUGAACCUAGGGCUCCCAGACUUCAAAACCCACCAUCUCUGACCGCCUCACACUUGCUGUGGAUCAUGCCCCAGAGGCAGUGAAGUACUUGUGGCUUCUGGCACAUGUCCUGGCCGGUGCCUCUCUUCCAAGUCUCCCUCCCACUUAACCUCGUCCUUCCUCUCUGCUACCCAGCUCCACUCAGUAUGGGACAGAGGCUGCCCGCAUGGCAUGCAGCCCAGCACUACCUCCAGAGCAGCCCUUCCUGCACUGACGAAGCCAUCCGAUUGCAGGUUUGAUUCCCCCACUGGACAGGAAUGUCGAAGGCCAGGGCUGGUGUUAUCCCUCUGAAAAGUCUCAAUUCAUAGCACAGUGCCUGGCACACAGAAAGUGCCCAAAACAAGUUCCAGGAAUGGAACAAGGUCUUCCUGUGCUCGGGGGUAUUUGUCCCAUGGUUUGUGCCUGUGUAGUGGGGAGAGGCGGUAGAAGUGGUAGGGGGAAAACUAAGCUUUAUAAUUUUGCUUAGGAUUUCAGGUAUAUUGGCUUGUUCAUAAAUGCU